AUGGUGCCGCCGCCACCGCCGCCGCGAUCUCGGGCUCCGCUCCGGCCGCGGCUCCGGGCGCACCCAACUGGCCGCUCCCUCUGCUGCCCCGGGAGCCGGAACCGAGACCUACACCCACCGCGCAGGCGGAAGGAGCUGAGCCACCCCUCACCUUGGCGGGCGUCCGUCCCUACUCCCCCAGGGGUGGAAGUCGGGGUUCUCCUAAGCCGCUGCCUAAGGCGGAAGAGCCGCGGGCUUGGGGCGGAGCUCUCUGGGUGGGGCGGGGCGGGAGGGGACCCKCGGAGUGCCUUCACGCAGGGGCCCGGCGGGAACAAACCGCCGCCGCGGCGGGAGCUGGGUUCGCGUGGCUGGAGGCGGGUCCUCCCCUUCCCACAGUUCCCGCAAGUCCUCGGCUCCCGGGAACCUCUGCCUUCAGGGCGCUCAGUUCUUGGAAGUCAAGGCGGGCUCCAGCCAGAGCUGUUAGAAGUGGUGGCAGCCCCCGCCCAUCAUCUCCCCAAAGCAGCGCCCGGAGCCACCAGGGCCGAAGCGCCGUUGGAUCGCGAGCGGGAGCCUGAGACGCCCAGACCAGCGGAGCCUUGCAGGGCCCGCCGGAGCCCCAGCGGCUUCCGGCCCAAGGGGGUGAGUGAUCUCGAGGAGGAAACCGGGCGUUCGCAUCCUCGCGCCUCCGAGAGAUGUGCAGUUUCCAAAACAAUUUACCUCUGCUGGAACAAGGAAAUAAACCAAGAAAAAGGAAGAUAUGGAAUCCAGGAAGCAGAAGAUGGAGGGAAUUCCAGGUCYACAUCUGUACAGCAGACAUGGAAAGCUGUCAGUCCAGACUGGAACUGGAGGAUGGAGGGAUUUGGGAGAGAUGUCUCCAGGAAGGCAAAAGCAUGCAACCAAAAGGAGUGAUGAAUUUCAUAAUAAGUUUGACUCACAAAAAAAAGUGUACCACCAUACUAUCAGAAGGUAUGGGAGGAUUUAGCAGUAAGCAUAAAGGAAGCUGAGCAAAUAAAAAAUCCCAAGGCAUUAUUAAUUCCAGGAAAAAUAAAAAGUUGCAUCCCCAAAGAAAGGAGUUGUGAUCAUGGUCCACUAGUAACUUAUCAAAGAAUAAUAUUUAUACAGUAGUAAUAAUGUAAGUACUAAGAACUGACUUAACCAAAAGUUGGUGAUAUAGGUAGAAAUGGGAAGAGAGAGACAUUUUAGAGGUAAAUGAUUAUCUAUCGUAAUAGAAAGUUAAAUCAUUACUGUUUCAAGAGAGAGGAGUAUAAGCAUGGAGAUAUGGAAGUAUAUUCCAUAAGAAACAAAUACAAAUUGAAAGUAGAUGUACAGGGGAAGAUGUAGGUUUCCUAAGAGUGGGGGAAAUGCAGGUUUCCUAAGAGUGGGGUAAGACACCACUGUA